AUGCCUGUAUUUGAUAAAACACCAAACAUCCCCCCAACAGAAGCACAAUACAGUCAGGGGUUCAUUGCUGAACUAGAAAAAACCGAAGGGGAGAUGGUGAACAAAAGUGUUGACCAACAAGGUGCGGUGUUUGAUAAAACGUCAUGUGAGGAGUCACCAUCUGAGAAGGGUGAUGAGGACAAAACUCCAGACAUCACAAAGUUGAUGCAAGAUAACACAAUUUUAAACCCUGAAGAGCUGCCUGGUGAUGAAGAAGCUGAUCAAGAUGAAGAAGAAGAUGAAGAUAUAAAUGAAAAGACUGUGGGAGAAAAGGAGAAGAGAGAUACAAAAAUGAGCAGGGCAUGUUUGUCACCAGGUAAGGAGGCAAGUGGUUAUACAUGA